AUGUCACCAGGGUCCAAAGAUGAAGCGACAUCUUCCACAAGAUCAAAUACACAAACAAAUCCUGCCCGAUCUGGACCAAGCGUCGCACAAGUGGUGCCAGAUGGCUUCCUGGUCCCCGAGCUGGACGAUUCUCCAGGCCAGCCGACGGAGGCGCCUCCUGCAUACGGCGAUGAGAGAAACCAGAUGCACUUCUCACAACCAGGCUUCGAGGCGGGGGCGGCCGUGACAGACGCCGGUCGUGUGAGCAUCAACAUCAACACGAGGAACCGAAAGCUUGCCGACCUUCUCGCUCCGGCCAUCGAGAACCAAGUCAGCACAGGCGCCCCCACUACACUCCCUCCAGCGUACAUACCCCCUAGCUUAGGUGGGCAACCUGGACAGAAGCCGCCGCCCAAGCUCAAUGUGGUCAUUCAGAUUGUCGGAUCUCGUGGCGAUGUGCAGCCCUUUGUGGCGCUUGGAAAGGUGCUCAAGGAGACUUACGGUCACCGCGUCCGAAUCGCGACCCAUCCCACGUUCCAAUCCUUCGUCGAGCAAAACAGCCUCGAGUUCUUCAGCAUUGGAGGCGACCCCGCCGAGCUCAUGGCGUUCAUGGUCAAACACCCCGGGCUCAUGCCCGGCUUCGAUGCCAUCAAGAGCGGCGAGGUGACGAAGCGACGCAAAGGUAUCUCGGAAAUGCUCGUCGGGUGCUGGAGGUCCUGCAUUGAGGGUGGUGACGGCCUCGGUCCCGCGCCGCCGCCGACAAAUGAGAGCCUGGACCUGUCGGCAGGUAUACCACAUGAUGAUGGCCGGGACGCUUUCGUGGCAGAUGCCAUCAUUGCCAACCCGCCGAGUUUUGCGCAUAUCCACGUUGCAGAGAAGCUAGGCAUCCCUCUACAUAUGAUGUUCACUAUGCCGUGGACUCCUACGAGGGCAUUCCCCCAUCCGCUUGCUGACAUUCAGGCGUCAAAUGCCGAUGAUGUCUUAACUCGGUACUUGUCGUACACUCUGGUCGAGAUGAUGACUUGGCAAGGUCUGGGAGAUGUCAUCAAUCGGUUCCGAGAAAAAGUACUCGACUUGGAGCCAUUGUCUUUAAUUUGGGCGCCCGGGCUGCUGAACAGGCUCAAGGUGCCGUACACCUACUGUUGGUCUCCUGCUCUCAUCUCGAAGCCCAAUGAUUGGGGCAAUCACAUUGACAUUUCGGGUUUCUUCUUUCUCGACCUCGCCACUUCCUAUAACCCGGAUCCGGACCUUCAGGCCUUCCUCGAUGCAGGGCCGCCCCCGGUCUACAUAGGCUUUGGCUCCAUUGUCGUCGACGAUCCUGAUGCCAUGACGACAAUGAUCUUCGAUGCAGUUAAGGCCAGUGGCGUACGCGCUCUUGUAUCGAAAGGCUGGGGUGGGCUUGGGGCCGAUGACCUUGGUAUUCCGGAUGGUGUCUUCAUGCUGGGUAACGUCCCACACGAUUGGCUCUUCCAGAAGGUGUCGGCCGUCGUGCAUCAUGGCGGCGCCGGGACGACUGCCGCGGGUAUCAAGGCUGGAAAACCCACGCUUGUGGUCCCGUUCUUUGGCGACCAGCCUUUCUGGGGCGCCAUGAUUGCCCGCGCUAAUGCUGGCCCGGAUCCCAUCCCCUACAAGCAGCUGACGGCCGAGAAGCUGGCCGAAGCUAUCCAGUUCUGCCUGAAGGCUGAGACCGUCCAGCAAGCCGAGACAUAUGGCGAAAAGAUCAGGGAGGAAAAGGGCACUGACGUUGGCGGACAAAGCUUCCACAGUCAUCUGGAUAUUGACGAUAUGCGGUGUUCGAUUGCUCCCAGUAGGACAGCCGUGUGGCGCGUAAGGAGAAGUAAAGUGCGUCUGAGUGCACUGGCAGCCGCGGCGCUCUUCGAAGAAGGUCUCAUCAAAUACGAGGACCUGAAACUGUAUCAGCCGAAAGACUACAACACGGAGGCGCAACCUCCGGAUCCCAUAUCCGCAGCUGCCAGCUCGCUUGUGAUGGAUGCGACGGGCAUCGGCAUGGCGAUUGCGGACAUGCCACGAGAGAUGCUUAAAAGCAGGUCCAAAUCAAGUCCAAAGAAGAGUGAGGAGACUACCGAACCUCAGACACCUCCAUCGGAAGCUGGAAGCAGGCCUCGGACUAAUGAGGCUAACGAUACCCCUUUCACUGCCGAAUCCAGGUCUGAGUUGGGCCUGAUCGACUCCGACAAGACCACCCAGUCCUCGACCGCCGGUCCCAGCUCUUCCGUCGGAGAUGCUGCAUCGACCUACACCGCUUCGAGCGACACUACAGCUACAAGCGCGGCUCGUCCGUCAACAACAUCGAGGGCCUCGGGAUCGCAGCUGAACCAGGCGUUCAACGAGCGACGGUCCUCAUCACCUGUAGGCGAGUUCAGUCUGAAUGCUGCGGUUGGCGCAGGCAAAAGUGUUGGCAAAAUUGUGGGCACGGGCGUCAAGUCACCCAUGAACUUCUGCCUCGGGCUGGCGAAAGGGUUCCGCAAUGUACCGACUCUGUACAACGAUGAUACCGUGAGACCGGUGGAGAAGGUGACGGACAUCAGCAGCGGCCUCAAGGUUGCUGGGAAAGAAUUUGGCUAUGGCCUGUUUGACGGCAUCUCGGGGUUAGUGACCCAACCCCUGAAAGGCGCGGAGAAGGAGGGCAUGGGCGGUUUCGUCAAAGGAUUUGGGAAGGGCAUUGGCGGUAUAAUAACCAAACCUGCUGCCGGCGCCUGGGGAAUACCGGCGUACACGAUGAAAGGUGUCCACGCUCAGAUCACCAAAUUAUUCGCCCGCAGCAACCACAACCACAUCUUGAUCUCACGAGUGCUCCAAGGGCAACGCGACUUGAGGACUGCAUCUGCCGAAGAGCGCCAGGACGUGGUCAGUCGGUGGAAGAGCGGGUCCUUCGAAAAAGACCUGAAGCGUUUCGAGCGCCUUCAAAAACGAGGCAAGACGAGCCCCGACGCCGAGAAUGCUGCCGACGGACACCCCGAGGCCUCCUCCCGUGCGUCCUGGCUCAAUUCACGACGGUCGACGUUUGACGAGCGAUUGCGUAGCGAGAAGCAACGACUCUUCUCUCGGGGCCCAUCAGGAAAAGGGGUAUCGAGUGACGCCACUGCCACGCUCGGAAGCAGUGGCGCGUCCGGGAUGGCACCAAUUCCUGAAGAUGCAGAGUUCGAGAGGGCUAUCCAGGCAUCGGUCAAGGAGACAUCCCGGGGCAAUGCCGAAGAGGAUGCCGCCAUCGAGGCGGCCAUCCGCGAGAGCGUGCUGGCCGUGCGGCAGCAAGGCGCGUUGCCCGAUCCGGUGCCCCGCAAGUCGGAGAAGCUGGAGAAGGACCCUUCCAUCUUCCAGGACGAAGCGUUCCAGAUCACGGAUGAGGAGUAUCAAGAUCUCAUUGAGCAAACCAUCAGAGACAGCAUGGCGAGUCACGCCCUUCCGGGCUACACCCCCCCGGACAUGGGGGCAGCCGAACUGGACUCAACCCCUGUCAUGCACUCCAGUAAUGGACAGCAAUCUGGCGUCAUGGAUGAUCAGGAUGAAGACUUGAAGCGGGCCAUCGCCGCGUCCAGGGACACUCCUGCUUCGGACUUUUCGCCAGACGAUGCCGAGCUCCGGCAAGCCCUGGAAGCUUCCAAGGCCGAUGCCGAGAAGCAACAGAGCCAACGCACGGAAGAAGACAUUGUCCUAGAGUACAUCAAGAAGCAGAGUCUUGCGGAGGAGGAAUAUAGGAAUCAGCAACAAGCCAAAGGCAAGGACAGAGCGGAGGAUGAUGAUGUGGACGACGAAGAUCUGAGGAGAGCCAUGGAGGAGAGUCUGAAGAUGAGCGGGCAGGAUCAUUCGGGGCCCUCGGGCGCUUGA